GCAGCGGGCCAGGUCCGCGCUGCCAAGGUUAAGCGCAGGGCCGAGGCGUCGCAACUUUCUUUGCCUGCGCCCGGGACCCAUCAAGGAAGGCUCGCUGCAGACUGAAGCUGAGGCGUCUGGCCGGGUGCGCCGCCGGCUUCCAUGGAGCUGGAGGGGCAGUGGUGGCGAGGACAGCUGGCUGCGGAUAUUCACCAGGCACUUCGGUACAAGGAACUGAAGUUGCCUUCUUACAAGGGCCAGUCCCCUCAACUGAGUCUCAGGCGAUAUUUUGCUGAUUUGAUUGCCAUUGUGAGCAAUCGCUUCACUCUGUGCCCCUCUGCCCGCCACCUUGCUGUCUAUUUGCUGGACCUGUUCAUGGAUCGCUAUGACAUCUCUAUUCAGCAGCUGCAUUUAGUUGCACUUUCCUGUCUGCUUCUAGCAAGUAAAUUUGAAGAAAAAGAAGACAGUGUGCCUAAGCUGGAGCAGCUCAACAGCCUGGGCUGUAUGACUAACAUGAAUCUGGUGCUAACGAAGCAGAAUCUGCUGCAUAUGGAACUGUUGUUAUUAGAGACCUUUCAGUGGAACCUCUGCCUUCCCACAGCUGCCCACUUCAUUGAGUAUUACCUCUCUGAAGCAGUGCAUGAAACAGAUCUUCAUGACGGCUGGCCAAUGAUUUGCUUGGAAAAGACUAAACUCUACAUGGCCAAAUAUGCAGAUUACUUCCUGGAAGUAUCUCUGCAAGAUUAUGCCUUUCUAAAUUAUGCACCUUCUUUAGUAGCUGCUGCAUGUGUGGCUUCUUCGAGAAUUAUCCUUCGUCUUUCUCCAACAUGGCCUACGAGACUGCAUCGUCUUACUGCUUACUCCUGGGAUUUCUUAGUACAGUGUAUUGAACGACUAUUGGUUGCUCACGAUAAUGAUGUGAAAGAAGCAAACAAACAGAGGGGACAACCAGCUCCUCCGACAGCACAGCUGGGUGUGUUCCAGACAGCUCAGCCCUCGCGACCAGUUCACUUCCAGCAGCCUCAGUAUCUUCAUCAGACCUCGGUGCAGUGUCGACACCCUGUGUCAGAGCAGCCAGGCCGUCAGCAGAUUGUGUCCGCCACACACACUUCGUCUUACACCCUGCAGCCUUGUCCUGCGGGCUUCCAAACUAGUGUUCAGGGCCUGGGCCACGUGCAGACUGGUGUUGGAAUGUCCCUGGCCAUACCAGUGGAAGUUAAACCCUGUCUCAGUGUUUCCUAUAACCGGAGUUACCAGAUAAAUGAACACUUCCCAUGUAUUACUCCAUGCUUUGAGAGGUGAUGACGUAUAUAUUGUAGAUCAUAACUGACCCAGACUGCUCUGAGAUGGAUAGCUCUGGGGCAGGCUUUUUAUUUUCCUCUUCAAAAGGAAAGAAAAACAGAUCGUAUCAGUGCAGCAGGCACCAGCACCAGGAGACUGUUCACUGCCUCGAAUACCUAGGAGGACUCGGCAGACACUAACGGGUGUCAGUCUGUGUAAGGCUGUGACAGAAAUGUUCCAGCCUUGGCUGAUGGUCCAAACAUUUCAAAAUGCUUAAUGCAGCUGAAAAUUUGUCAUUCUGAUAUUUGAGCUGUGGUAGGCUUUGGGGUCUUAUGCUGGCACAUACAUCAAAGACUUACUGUGUAUCUGUGGACUUGCCAAACCAUCUUUUAUGAAGGAGAGUUAACAGUAUUAAUUUUUGAAAAAUUGUUUUAAUCUUUCAGCUCAGAGUCUUUUUGGCCUACUGGUGGGUUCAAACUCACCAGUUGCUAAGUAUACUAAUCUGUGCAGUUAAAAAAACACAGAUGAUUUUAUAUAACUUCCUAUCAUAAAUAAUAUACAUGUUUGGAUUUAUAUACUAAAAUCAGGGGUGAAACAGAUACAUACUUUGAAAUCAUGAUCAUAAUUUUUGUUUUACUCUGGUAGUUUUCCCCCUAAGUGAUCAGCCCCGAUUCUUCAGGAUUAAGUACAUUUAACUCAGGGAACUUGUAGAACUUGGAAACACUUAGCUGUAACCAACAUGCCUUGCAGUGUUCGUGUGUGAACUACCUGUGUAACAUAGGCUACAAUGCUCCUGCUGGGAUGAGAAUCUAAAGUGGGUCCUGUGGUGCUCACACGGGGACAGGUUGUGCGUCACCCCAUACAAUCAGAGGUUGAUAAUCAGUUCUGUCGUCCAAUUUUCAGGAAAAGGCAUGCUGAAUAGUGUCAGUACUAGAGUAGAGUCUGGAGUUGAGGGUGGCCAGGGUAGUACUCAGGUUGGGCUAAUGCAGCACUUUGUUAUGGGGAGGGUAGUUCUGUAAGCAACCUUGGAAUCCAGCAAAUCAAGCUAAGAAAGCAGGGGUACUGAUUUAAAAUUUCAGUAGCUAUUUUCAUUAGACUGGCUGUGCAGCUGCCCUGGGACAGUUCAUUCUAUUGGUAGUGAGUAAAAACAGCAGUAAUAGUCAUUACAGCAAGGGCAGCCUGGCCAUAAAGUAUUGGGGGAGGGGCAGAUAAACUUAAAAAGUAAAAAAUAACUGAUGAACUGUAUACAUUGUGCUCUUAUCCAUGAAAGAAGAAAGAACUGGUGGAGGGAAACUUUGUGGUUUAAAAUGAGUAGGGCGUGUCUGUGUUUUUAUAAGAUAGCACUUGAAUAGAAGGGAAACUGUGGCAGAUGUGAGACUACCAGUGUGUGUUGAUGAGAACUAACUCUAAAGACGGGGUGUGCAGCAGGAGUCUCGUAGCUAGCCAGUGGCCUCUGUUGGGAAAGGAAGGGCUCCGCAGCGUGAUGGACUGGUAGAGGCAGCUCCGGUGGAUGAGUGCCGGUGAGUGACUGCUGCCAACAGGAAUUUUUAGGGAAGUAUCCUUUCCUUAAAGGAAGCUAACUUUCGUAUUUAGAAUGCAGAACGCGUAGUGUGGACUUACUAGUCUGGUGCUGAAAACCACCAGAAGAGCACGCAUGGCAGUUCUCAGGCAUGAAAACGGUUACCCCUUUUCCUCUUUAAAAAGGCUGCUAAUUGGAUUUUAUAAUUCUUACCUUAGGAAAACUUGAAUUAUUAGGAGAAAGUAGGUUCAAAAGAUGAUAAUGUGUCUUUCACACUCACAGACAGAGCCCAGCAACAUGGAGUCCAGUUUUCAGUGUUGUAACUACCUCAGUAAUGCUAUGAAUGUAAGCUAUUGGGAUAGAAAUCCUAACUUGAAACAACAGCCAGUGCCUGUGGUAAUUUAAUGUCUUGUCAAUACUUUUAGUGAUUGGUUCUGUGUCAUUCUUAUUGUCGAAGACUAUUUGCCUUUUUAAAAAGCUUAUUAACACUUUUUCCAGUUUAUAUUUAAAAAGCUGAAGAACACUGGAUUAAUCCUUUUGGGGGUAGUCAAGUAAUUGAUGACUAUUGCUGUAUACCCAGUGCGGGAGGCCGGAGAAUCAUGACUAUUUUAGAACCUUUGAAUUCAAUAUAAAUGGAACUCAACAGCAGUUAGCUUGGGGGUGGGGGCUGUGUGGGUUUUGUUUAAUUUAUUAAUUAGUCUUAAAAGUUGUUUUUGUUUUGAGAUUACUGGACCAUCAUUAAAUGUGUACUGUGAAAAGAUUAAUGAUGUGUACAAAGGACUUAACGAGAGUCCUUAAAUAAACACUAUUCAAGUACAAACUGCAAACCAAAAUAUCUGUGCUCUGACUGACCACGAACAGGAGUAUGGUGCUAAGUCUACACAGCAGGGUUAGAUGAGUGCUAUGCACUUGAUUUUAAAUAAAAGUAGUUUUCAUGAAAA